GGGGCUUUCGGGCGCCGAAAAAAUGGCGAUGCGGGUGGGCGGGAAAGCCCGGAAAACUUUGGCAUGAUAUGGACCGUAGGUAACUGGUUGUGCGGCAUGGACUCCAGCUCCGGUGCGCUGUGAUACCCAGGCCCAGUUUUCCCUCACGCUCCAGGCCGGGGAGGAGCCCGGGCCCGCUCAGAAAGUCCUGCGCACGCGCGCGUGCUCGGCCCGGACUGGCUGCUCGGAGCGGCGAGGGGCUUGGCGGGAGCUUCCAGUCGCUGGGGAGCGGAGAGCGGCACCAUGGCCCCGCGGCGGCGGCGGGCGCGGCCUCACAGGUCUGAGGGCACAAGACGUUCAAAGAACACUUUAGAAAGAACACAUUCCAUGAAAGAUAAAGCUGGUCAAAAGUGCAAGCCUAUUGACGUGUUCGACUUUCCUGAUAAUUCUGACGUUUCAAGCAUUGGCAGGCUGGGUGAAAAUGAGAAAGAUGAAGAACCUUAUGAGACCUUUGAUCCUCCUUUACAUAGCACAGCUAUAUAUGCUGAUGAAGAAGAAUUCUCCAAACACUGUGGACUGUCUAUCCCUUCAACUCCUCCAGGAAAAGAAGCAAAAAGAAGUUCAGACACUUCUGGAAAUGAAGCAAGUGAAAUCGAAUCUGUAAAAAUUAGUGCAAAAAAGCCAGGAAGAAAGCUCAGGCCCAUUAGUGAUGACUCUGAAAGCACUGAAAAAAGUGAUACAAGGAGAAAAGUUAAAUCAGCAGAGAAAAUAAGUACACAACGUCAUGAGGUUAUUCAAACUACAGCAUCUUCAGAACUUUCAGAGAAACCAGCUGAGUCGGUCACUUCUAAAAAGACAGGACCCCUUACUGCCCAGCCCUCUGUUGAAAAAGAGAACUUGGCAAUAGAAAGUCAAUCGAAAACUCAGAAAAAAGGGAAGAUGUCUCAUGACAAAAGGAAGAAAUCAAGAAGUAAAGCCGUAGGCUCAGAUACUUCUGACAUUGUACACAUUUGGUGUCCAGAAGGAAUGAAAACUAGUGACAUCAAGGAGUUGAAUAUUGUUUUGCCUGAAUUUGAGAAAACCCACCUAGAGCAUAAACAAAGAAUAGAAUCUAAAGUUUGUAAGGCAGCCAUCGACACAUUUUGUUCUAAUGUUAAAGAGCAACUCAUCAAAAUGCUUGAAGAAAGCCAGAUGUUGAAAAAUCUGAAAAGGAAGAAUGCUAAGAUUAUUUCAGAUAUCGAAAAGAAAAGGCAGCGUAUGAUUGAAGUCCAGGAUGAACUGCUUCGGUUAGAGCCACAGCUGAAACAACUACAAACAAAAUAUGAUGAACUUAAAGACAGAAAGUCUUCCCUUAGGAAUGCGGCAUAUUUCUUAUCUAAUUUAAAACAGCUUUAUCAAGAUUAUUCAGAUGUUCAAGCAAAAGAACCAAACAUAAAGGAAACGUAUGAUUCAUCCAGCCUUCCAGCUCUGUUAUUUAAAGCAAGAACACUUCUGGGAGCCGAAAGCCAUCUGCGAAAUAUCAACCAUCAGUUAGAGAAGCUCCUUGACCAGGGAUGAGAAGAGAACAUAAUUUUGAUUAAUUAAUAAGGCGAUUUCUACUGAAUUUAAGUACACCAAAGCUAAUUUUUAAUGAAAUUGGUUUACAGAAAAAACAAAAACUAGAAAGCAAAGUGAUAAAACUUAGUUUAUAAAAACAGGUUGAAUGAUACAUUUAUCAAAUCUCACAGACAUCAGGCAAAUUAUAGCCUGGUGACAAAAGUGUCCAUAGUGAAUUAUUCUUGUAAUACUUCUAUAAUUAGUUCAUCAGGAAUUUCAUCCACUUCACUGUUAUAACUGAGAAGACUGUUCUCUGCAGCUUCAGCUAAUUCAGCAUCUUCAGUAGCUUCUAAAAAAUAAGCAUCAUCAAUGCCAUUAUCCCAGACAGCAUCAGCAGAUGCACCUGUUGACAGCCUACUAGGUGAUGAUUUAUGAGGAUUCUGGGUUUCAUUGCUCCUAGUUUCAUCUGCUUCAUCUCUUGUAAACUCUUCUUCCUUCAUUUCAGUGGUGAAGGGAGAGAAAGUGGGAUAGGAAAAUAUUUACUCAGGAUAUGUGAUUUAACCAUAUACUCUAUACUGAAGUAAGGUAUUAAGUGACAGAUACUAAAGUGAAUAUGCUGGAGGAAUGCUGUCUCCGAUAUCUCACUGUGGGAAUGAGUGCACUGAUUCAAACAUUGCUGCACUAAAGCUCAGACACACUUGAAACUCCAAAUUUGAAAUUACCUACAAUUCUGUGCACAUACUUUUCAAUAUUCCCCGAUGGAGGAAGAGUAAGGGUGGAUUUAAUUUUUUUAACAAGUGGACAGUCCAGCUGAAGACAAAUCAGAAGAUAAAUUUGCUAUCUUGUCAAUGGACUUAGUACCCAUGCUUUAAAUUUUAAAGUACUUAGCAAAUUGUAAACAUGGAUUGCAAAAAGAUUAAAAACAGUUGCCAAAAUAUGACUGGAUUGUAUAUUACGUAAUAGUAUAGUAUCAAUUAUUUUACCAUAGAAUGUCUUCAGUGUAAACAUUUAGUUGAUCCACCCAAUACAUUAUUUAUGUAAAGAAUGUCCUUAUUCAGUGCAGUGGCACAUGCCUGUAAUCCCAGCUACUUAGGAGGCUGAGACAGGAGAACUGCUUGAGGCCAGGAGUUUGAGACCAGCCUGGGCAACAUGAUACCCCCCUCUCAUUAAAAAAGCUACAGAAUGUCUUAUUCUUUCAGCUACGUGCUUAAAUAUUAGAUGAAGGGCUUUGAUGUCUGCAGUUUCAGAGUCUCAAAAAUAAGAAUGCAUAUGUAUACAGUAGAGGGAGAAAACGAAUGUUGCCAAAUGCUAACAAAUGGCAAAUCUCAAUGAAGGACAGACAGCAGAGUUCCUUAUUGUACAUUUCUGUAGGUUAGACCUUUAUAAUAAAUUUAAAAUCAGGUGACCAAUGAAAUAAGAUGAUCAGUGCAAUAGAAAAGCAGGUAUAAAUAACACCAACUGGUAAUUUAAAAUAUCUUUUUUAAACAAAAGAUGAAGCAGGAGAGGCAAAAUGUUAACUGAAAACUAAGUGACAGCUACAUGGGUGUUCAUUAUAUAUCUUACUUUAAAAAGCUAUGUCCAAGUAGUGGUAAUACUGACCAAUGGUACUUUCAACUUGGCAUUUUUGAGGUGUUACUAGAUAGAUAAGCGGAAAAAGUAGCUUAAAAAUCCACUGCAACCACAAAUACCGAAAUCACAAUCCAGACCAACAAGGGUGAUGCAGUCCUCUUCCUCUGGGAGACAAAGUUUAUUUUUUAAAAUUUACUUUGUUCUUGGUUAUUUCAAAACACAUUUUAACCUGGUAUUUUGCCAGAGAAUCUGGCUGUCAGUUAUUUUAUGUCCAGCUCUUGCAGACCAAGAAUGGAAUUUCCACCAUUUCAAAUGUAUGGAGUUUUUUCGAGAGACGUGUUAAGACUGAGUAGAUACCAGAUUCGGUUUUCUAGAAUAUAAACCCAAUCACUUGUUCUGCUUGUAGCAGGUAACUUCUUUUAUUCUAACCAUAACACUAUAAAGGAAAAAGCUGACAGAUGUGACCAAAAAAACAAAAACAAGAACUAAAAUUUAAAAGUAAAAUAUGUCAAAAAGAGUACUUAAGUUACUACAAAAAAGUUAUAGAAAAAUGGAUGGAGGACAAGUACAGGCACUUCAUGAUAGAAAUAUUAAUAGUGAAUCUGAAAAAAGUUCAUUAAAGAAAGGCAAAUUAAAACAACUGAGGUACUGCAUUUUGCCUACCAGAUUGGUAGUGAUUCGAGGUAAACAAGCACUGCUGGCAAAGUGUGAGGUAAUAGGUGCUCUCAUAAAUUAUUUGUGGAGGUCUAAUAUCCUAUACUUUCUAUGGAGAGCAAUUUGAUAAUAGGUACUAAAAAUAUUUGUGAUACUUUAAGUAGAAAAAAACUGAAAUAGUAUGUAUGCUAUCACUUCAAAAAAAAAAUGAGCAUAUAUAAAUUCUCGAAGGUACGUGCCAAAACAUUUGUAUCAUUUAUUUCUGGUCAAAUGAGUAAAGAAGAUUCUUUUCUCUUUUGCUUCUUAUGUAUUUCCUAAUUUUAUGUAUUUUCUUUUUUUUUUCUUUUUUUUUUUUUUUUGAGGCAGAGUCUCACUCUAUCUCCCAGGCUGGAGUGUAGUGGCAUGAUAUCAGCUCACUGCAACCUCCACCUCCCAGGUUCAAGGGAUUCUCCUGCCUCAGCCUCCUGAGUAGCUGGGAUUAUAGGCAUAGGCCACUACACCUGGCUAAUUUUUGUAUUUUUAGUAGAGAUGGGGUUUCUCCAUGUUGGCCAGGCUGGUCUCAAACUCAUGACCUCAGGUGAUCUGCCUGCCUCGGCCUCUCGAAGUGCUGGGAUUACAGGCCUGAGCCACUGUGCCCGACCUAAUUUUAUGUAUUUUCAAUUCAUUCUAUAAUGUAUGUCAAUUAUUUGGGUAAAUAAAAAAUAUUUAAGAGAAAAA